AUGUCGGUGACCUGUUCUGAGCGACGUCGACAUGCCUUGCCUGUGCCGCAUCGCACCGCUCCCAGGAUCACAUUGCAGCGUCGCGAUUUGUUGAAGGCAUCGGGGCAGAAGAUCAGGACAUCGAUCCGGCAUGCCGACCCGCAGACAGUGAAGGAAUGGCACCGCGACGAGGCGAUCCGCGUGCUGAAGUUUUUCCGGGAGGCGGUUAUGGCCGAGCUGCGGCGCGAUGGUAGGAAAUGGGAGUGGGCGAAGCCGUCCGAAGAAGAGGUGCAGGAGAGGCUCGCCGACUGCGAUCACCCCCUGCGAGAUAAAGUGCCCAACGCCGUCCGGGACGGGGACGCUGGCUCCGGUCUGCUAGCAAUGAGCGCGUUGCUCUGGGCUGUGAGGCGGAUGGAUCUCCUGACCGGCGGCCUUCGACGCAGUGCCACCAGCAUGGACAAGGUCUACGUUUCGGGGUUGAAGAAGCUGCGGACUGAUAUGGUGGCAUGGAUCAAGAAGCUAGUAGCGCGCAAACGGGCGGGCCAUGUCGGAGUUGCUGCCGACGCCUGUGACGACGACGGCGAGGAGGUCCAUUCGGCAUUCCAACCAAUCGGUGUCGCCCGCACCGUCGCUGAUGCGCGUGGGACCACGAUAGGAAAGCCGGGAGGCGGCGUCGACGGGGAUGAUGCGGAGGCUGGAAAGGGGGCGGCUCAUGGGGGGAGUGGGAAUGUCGUGGUUGGCGAUUGGAAGGAAGGUGUAGACCUCGAGGCCGUAGGAGAAGGGGAUAACGCCGCGGCCACGAAGCAGACGGGCGUGGAAGUGACUCACGGGGGGGAGCGGUCUAGGAAGAAGAAGGCGGCGAGCGGUCACCCCGGUUCCACCGCAGCUGGUCGGCAGGCGCGGCUGGACGUCGUCGAGCAGCUGCGAGCGGAGAACAGCUUGGCGUCGGCGUUAGCUGGGGUCCUCGACAAGCUCAAGGCUUUGACCGCUCAGGUAGCCGACACCGACCGGAACUUGGCGAAGCGCCUCGAAGACGCCACGCCGACCAUGGCGACGACCAUCACCGACAACCUCACCGACAACAUGGCCAGCGCAGUUGAAGCUGGCAAGUCCUUUGCCGAACUUGCAGCCAAGAUUCUGCGGGAUCUUGACGACCCCAACGGAAGAAUGGCGGUCGAACGCGCGACCCAGGUGAACGCAUUGGCCGAGCACGUGACGAAUGAGGUGGGUGAGGCGAGGAAGUUUUUGGAGGAGACAGUCAUUAAAUACAUCGGCGCCGCGCAGACGAACAUUGCAGUCGCCGUCGCUCCCAGCCUCGUUGUGCAGCAGCCGCCGCCGCCUAUCGCCCCAGCGCAGGCCUUGCCGGAAGAGUUAAUGAAGUCCUUCAAGGAGGAGGUGCUGAAGGCGGUGACGGAGGCGACGCAGCAGUCGUUUCUUGCCUCCGGAUUGAAGAUAAUGACCGAGGUGGUCAGCACGGUGGCGCCUGCUCGGCGUGGGUCGUCGCCGUCGGUGAACGACGCCGGCCAACCGCAUCCAAAGGAGGCCCAGAAGCAUGGUCAGAAGAGAGGGGGCGGCGGAGGCGGGGGAGACGGAGAAGACGCCACGAGCGUGAAGCGUAGCAAGGGAGCUGGUGGGUCCCGCGUGGCCGACGAAGGUAGCAAGGGAGCUGGUGGGUCCCGCAUCCCCGGCGAAGGCAGCAAGGGAGCUGGGGACACUGGAACUGGAGACAGCUCGGCAAAGCAACCUAAGACCGUGGUCGACAUCCUGAAGAGGCACUGGGCUACUGGGAGCGGAGGGAAGGGGUUGAGCGACAAGGAAACCCCCGCCGCCAAAACGGCCCCAGUCGUUGCCGCCAAAACUGGCAACGGGCCGAAUGCCAAGAUAGCGGAGGCGAAAGCGGUUCCUAAACAGCCUCCCGCGGGUGCACGUCAUCCGACCAGCGCGUCAGCCGACGUCCCGCCUGCCGACAAGGAUAGCCGCGCGUGGAAAGGGGCGGCCGCUGCGAACGCACUCAAGGACCAGCUCAGGCUCCUUGCGGGCCACAGGGCUGCUCAACAGCCUCCCCCCCCUGUCGCCGAGCCAUCUGCCAGUGUGCCACGUGUAGCGCCGGCCGUCGCCGCCCGUACUCCUGCAAACCCUAAGUCCGCUUUGCUGCGCACACGAGGGUCGACUGUGCCAACUCAGCAGGAAGUUGGCUCUAGCGCGACGCCGACAUCGGGGAAUGUCGCAGCACCCACUCCCGUGGCGGCUGAUGUCGAGAAAGUGGCGGAGAAGGGUGUGCGUGCCGCGCUUGCCACAGGCGGCAGCCCAAUUGAGGAGGUCGCCCCCGACGCGGAUAUCGCCGCCAUACAUGCCCAACUGGAUGCAGCCAAACCCCGGACACUGGCCAUUUCGGACACAGCACAUGCGGAGCAGCCGACGAGUCCCGCCGGUGGUUCGGCAGAUCGUAAAACAACCGAUGAUGCUGUCGGCGAGGGAAAGGCGAAGCAGAAGGGGAAGGCGGGCUCUCAGAGGAAAACACGGGAGAAGUCGGAGGUGAAGGCGACGGGAAAAGGGAAGGAGAAGGCGGAGGAGAAAGAGAGGAGGGGUCAUGGCAUCCGUCACGACAGCUCGGGCGAUGGGCAAGGGUGGGUUGGCGAGAUUAAGGUGCACGGCAUUAAUCGGUACAUCGGCAAGUCGCGCGAGAAGAUGGAGCUCGCGUAUGUGCACUCCAUCGCGUUCGUCGUCUACGACGGUUUCGUGAGCAAGGUGCUCAUGGAUGAGCUCACCGGCUUGGACACUGCCGAGCUGGAGAGGUGGGGGAAGGUGUGGGAGGAGGUCAAGAUCUUGCCGACAGGGAUGUGGACGGCGAUGUGGGACCGGGGUGUGCUCCUUCCAAAGACAUGGCUCAAUGAUAUCCUCGACAUGUAUCACGAGUGCAAGAGCUCAGGCGAUGCGCUCCACGGCGCGCUCUGGCCGGCGAUGUGGUUCCCCGUCGAGGGGGUGCCAGAGGAGAAGUCGGCGGCGAUGAUGUCGGCCAUGAUAGGUCGCGUGUCCAUGUGCGUUGCGUACGGGAAGACCGCUGCGAGCGCGUCAAAGAAGGAGGGAGACGAGGAGGAGAAGACGGCGAUGGCGGCAUGGGCGUUAGCGGCAUCCGCAUGCGCCGUCUGGUGCUUCGUCGAGAACGACGACACCAAGGUGGCCGAUGCUGUGGAAGAAGGGAAGGCGGCUGCGCUUAUAGCCGGUGCGAGCAACGAGACCGCCAAAGUAUUCGAAACUGACAUGGCGGCGGUGCUGAACGCCGAGAUCACCCGGGACCGCCCCCUGGGGGAGGUCGCCUUCAACGUCGCGCCAGCGCUGCAGAGUCUCGCCCUGCAGAGGGUCUAUCCGGGGGGCGAUGCGGGAGUCGAUGCCGAGGUGGUCGCUAGAGCGACGGUGGAGACCAUGGCUUUCUGGGGAAUGUGCCCCGUCGCCGGCCCGAAGCUCAAAAAGAGGAGUAUUGCGGUGCCGUGUGUCGCGCAGAUGAAGGCCGAUCUUGACAACAGGGGGAGGAAGGGUCAGAGGGGGAAGCAGGGGACGAAGGGGAAGAAGGGCAAGGACGGCACGGGGAAGAAGGGGAGGAAGGGCAAGGACAGCACGGCAGCGUAG